AUGGCGUUGCUUCUGCGUCGCCUUCGCUGGCUGCUUCUAGCGAUCGUCUUUAUAGUAACCGCAUUUUCAUUCCUCGGCGACGUAAAAUCUCCGUUUGAAAAAUCCGUUCCACAGCAGCAAUCCUUCGGAGAACAUACCGAAGAAUCAAUAUACGCCGCACCGUCGCAACCCGAUACCCCUCCACAGACGAAUGAAGAAGAACCUUGGGAAUUCGAUACGAAUAGAGAUGGCCUCAAUUUUGGUCUUUCCGAAGAUCGAUGCGAGAGUGCAUUUCCCGAUUUAUACCAAGAACUCGACCGUGCUCGCGAUUUUCUCCUAGACCAGAACCGCCGAAUUAAAGAGGAAGAUGUUCAACUAGAUACAAAAGAUGACUAUACAGGGCUUUCGCAUGGUGAAUUUCAUGUCAUGAUUUCGAAUGGCGAACUAUACGUAAUAAAGGAAAAGAAGGGCGAGCCGGAUCGUUCCCGUGGCUUGGCGGCUCUUGCGAAUAUGUACCGCGCUAUAACCGCUAUACCGAAUCCGCGAUCGCUUCCGAAUGUCGAGUUCAUUAUUGAUAUCGAAGACCGAGCUGUUAGAGGCGAAAGGAAUCCAAAACGUAUUAGAUGGGCUUGGGCACGUCAAGAUAGUAAUCCAUGGCUAUGGGUCAUGCCUGAUUUUGAUGGAUGGAGUUAUCCCGACGACGGUGUGGGAUCAUACGUACAGUUUCGCGAAGAUGUAGAAGAGUUGGAAACUGAAUAUGCGAACGGAUGGGAUGAUAAAGAGGACAAGCUAUGCUGGCGAGGGAGUUUAGCUGUGAAUCGCAAAUUACGAACUGCCUUAAUCAAGGCUGCGGAAGGACAUGAGUGGAACGACGUCGAAGCUAUUGAUUGGCAUAAUCGCACCAACAUUCUGGAUAUGCGAGACUUCUGUCGCUACAAAUAUGUCGCACAUACCGAGGGAAACUCGUGGUCUGGACGGCUACGAUAUUUGCAUAAUUGUAACAGCGUUCCGAUUAUACACAAGCUGGAUUACGUAUUUCACUACCAACCACUCCUGAAGGAUAGUGGUCCUCGCCAGAAUUAUGUCAAAGUAAAUCGUGAUUGGUCAGACCUGAAAGCGCAUAUGGAUGGCCUCAUCGCGGAUCCCGAUCGAGCACGACGGAUCGCCGAAGAGUCAACAAGAGUAUUCCGGGAUCGAUAUCUAACCCCGGCUGCGGAGGCUUGUUACUGGCGACGAAUGAUUUAUAACUGGCGUGCGGUAAUGGAUUUUGAACCACGACGAUAUGAAGUUCAAAAAGAUGGUAGUAGGGUUAGGCGAGGUGUGAGUUGGGAACGAUUUGCUUUCCGACAGAAGAAGAGUUUUGAGCAUGGGUUCUGGGAACCUGAUAGCACUAUUGAAGACGAAAGCGAGCCAACGGGUAGGUUAAGCCCAUGA